AUGGAACCAGCCCAGAUUCCUGCAGGGGCCCUCACACACAUCAAUAUUGCCUUUAUCCAGUUCAACGACAAGUGGGAACUUGAUGAUAGCACAUAUGGUUCUCAAGUUGCCGAGAUCGCCGCACUCAAGGACUCGCAUCUGGGACUACGUGUGAGUAUCUCGGUUGGCGGGUGGGAUUUCAAUGACGGGGCUACGGCCACCUACUUCUCCGAUAUGGCUUCAACCUCGGCCAACCGUAAGACGUUUAUCGACAGCGUCGUGAGCUACCUGAUCAAGUAUGGGCUGGACGGCAUUGAUAUUGACUGGGAGUAUCCAGUGGCCUCGGACAGAUCAGGUGCGCCGGCAGACAAGGAAAAUUACGUCUCUCUCGUCAAGGAGAUGAAGGAGGCAUUUGCCGAGUACGACUUUGACCUGACGGUCACGCUGCCCUGUUCAUACUGGUACAUGCAGCAUUUCGACAUCGUGUCCAUGGAGAAAUAUGUGUCGUGGUUCAACGUCAUGAGCUAUGAUAUGAAUGGCGCCUGGAACGCCGAAAGCGCCUACAUUGGCCCUUACAUGUAUGGGCUUACCAACUUGACGGAGAUCGAAGAGGGUUUCGACCUUCUGUGGCGCAACAAUAUUGACCCUGCCAAUGUGGUGAUGGGAAUGGCUUUCUAUGGCCGCACCUAUACCAUGAAGACUGACGAUUGCUACCAAAUUAGCUGCGAGUUUGCCACAACGGGCUCCGCUGGUCAAUGCUCGGCAUCGGCUGGUAUUCUCAUGUACCCAGAGCUCUUAGGUAUCAAUACCACAGGCCAAUCGACGACCUAUUAUGAUGCAGUGUCGACCACAGUCUACACGGUUUAUGGGGGCGACCAGUGGGUCUCCUACGACACUGCUGAAUCGUGGCAAACCAAGCUGGAGUACUUGACUGGCCACUGCAUCUCUGGCCUCAUGAUCUGGUCCUUGGACUUAGACACGUCUACUUACACUGCAUUGUCAGCGCUGCUUGGCGAUAACGCCCUCACGACGGGUCUCCUCAGUAGCGGAGGCAAUCUCACGAGUGCCGAGCAGGCCGCACUUGCGAACGAAUAUGGCGCUUUUACGGGCCAGGACUGCAUGGUAACCCAAUUUUGCACCGACGGUUCCAGCCAGGAGCAAGGACCGGGACAGAGCUGUCCCAGCGGUUAUACGUCCGUGUCAACGGCCCACGCGCCUAUCCAGGCGCCUGGCUAUGAGAUUAACGGGACAUGUGCUAAAGACUGGUAUCGUCACAUUUGCUGCCCGACCAAGCACAUGCCUACGGGAUGCGAGUGGACGGAUUGCGGCACGGGCAUUUGCAACAGCAACACUACGUUCGCGCUCAAUACAGACACUUACAACAACGCUGAUGGCGACGAGAGCUGUGGUGUCAAUAAGGGGCGCUCACUGUGCUGCGACAGCACAGGUGCGAUCGACCAAUGCUUCUGGACGAGCUGUCAGUACCGCGAUCAACAACAGCCGCCAAGUUGCCCGUCAGGUUAUACGUAUAUGACAGAGCGCCACGACGACGGUAGCAGCUUAUGCUCCACUACAAUGGGUAGCUCAGACCCAACACUGUAUCAGCUACUGUAUUCACAAGCCUACUGCUGUCCCAGCACCAGCGUUCCCUCAAACUGCUCCUGGACAUUCUCCGACAACGAAAACACAUAUGACCCAAAAUCCUUAUGUGUGCCUGAGCAGUGCCCUUCAGGAAAGGUAGAGUACACAUCUGCUGUGGAUCCCGAUGAGCCAGAGCUUGGCAGUCCCGGAAGCUUGGGGAGCAUCAGCUGCGACGCCUAUCCGAUCCCCGCCGGCACGAGCGAUCGCUUCAGGUAUUGCUGUAACCCCGCGCAGUCCGCCAAUGACAAUGGCACAGACUGGCCUGUCAACCCCGAUGACUUAUGGGAGAAUGCCUACACCACUCAGGGCUCGGACGUUGACUGGGCUUACUCAGACGAUGGGCACGGCGGCGCGAGCUCGACCGACUAUGGGGCGGACCCAUACGGCUUCGUCAUGCUUGAUGGUCCGCCAGGCUCCAUCGAUAGCAGCUUUGGUGACACAUACACGGUGGUUCAGAGCGGCGAUAGCAGCACGACGGAGCAAGCCAAUCGUCUGGUCAAGCGGUCACUGGUCACGCAUAAUGCCACCGUCAUGGCCUCCAACUUUGACAACACAUCGGAGACUCUGUACGUGUACUGUCGGUACGCGACGGGCUCGGACAGGUGCAAUCGCAUCUUCAACAAGGGCGCCGUUGACACAAUUAUCCGGCUCCCAAGGCACGUCGGCGAGGGCCCCUGGGCGCGCGUUGUUUCAAUGGACCGCGUCGUCCACACGGAGGCCGCGCUGCCCUCCUACCAUAUUCGCAAACGCGCGGCCCAGGAUAAUCUUAAUCCUGUGUAUAAGCUGGUCAUCGACUACAACUUCCAGGACAUUCAGGACACGGCCAAGCAGCCCGUCAAUAUGCGGGUUGACUUCGCUAACCUCGAGGACUACUGGCAGACCAUCGACGACUCGGCCGCCAAGGUCAAGAAGCGCGCCGCAUUCGGUGAAGGCCGUAGGCAUAUACCAUAUCGUGACUGGCGCCGCCAUGUCAACCUUGCAAAGAAGUCGACUCCCGCGGCAAAUAGCUCCGCCGAGUUCCACAAGCGGGUGGCUGCCGGCACACAGUCGUUCGCCCCCCGCGGCGUCGUUGCGCUAGACCACGAUGCACACAUAGUGAAGCGGUGGUUCGGGACGCUCAAGGACUGGCUGUCUAGGGUAACGACCAUCACUAAGACCGGACAAGGCGACCUGCCUUUAGACCUUGAGUCCAACAUCUUGCUGUACAGCCAGUCGAUCGGCUGCCCCAAGGCUAACGCGGAGAUGAACAUCUAUCUUGACACCAAGCUUGACAUGGCUACCAGCUAUGCCUACUACUUCAGCGGUACUAUUGUGCCGCCCGCCGUCACUGAUACAUACGCCUACCUGGGCAUGCAGCCGUCGCUGUAUAUGGGUGUUUCAGUAACGGGCUCGGCCAAGCUGACCUACAGCUCAGACCCCCAGCGGUUGAUACCCACCCUGACAUACCCAGGGCUGGCCAUCAAGGGCAUCGCUGUAGUGGGUCCAACUUUUGACAUCUAUGGCCAGAUCGUCGGAACAGUGACGCUCAAUGGCCAUAUGACGGUGGGCGCGUCUUACACAUUCGGUGUCUCCGAAAUGUACUAUCCGCAGGACAGCGACAGCGACGUCUACGACAAAUUAGGCGACAGCGACAAGCCCGAGCCACUGGCAACGGGCUUAGAGCCCACGUUCGAGGCAUCGGUGCAGGCCAACGCACAGCUCGAUUUCAAGGUGACGCCCGAGGCCAGCGUCGGCAUCACCAUCGGUGGAAGCAGCUUCCUAUCAUCGACGAGCCUAGCAUCAGCGACCGUGUCAGGUUUCGUCAACAACACACUGCGCUUUAUGGCGUCGGCCGCGGCGUCUGCAUCGGGCGACACAACAGGAGUAUCGGCAUCGGCAUCGUACACUUACGGUGCCUACCUUCUUUAUAACGUCGGUUUCGGCGGCCAGGCCAACAUUCUCAACUAUGCCUGGAACAUGGCCACCACCUACCUCUACACGACAGCUAGCCAGUACGAGCUCUACAGCGGGAGCGGUAUCGUGUCCACCAACAUCACCACCACCAAACGCGACUUGGACGGCCUGCCGGGCCAGGACUGGCACCAUCUGCUGGAGGAGCGCAAGUCCCGCCCGAGUCUCUCCAAACGGGGCAGCGCGAGCGACUUAUCGGGAGAAAGCCCGCCAUGGCUAUACAAGCGCUCGAGUGUCGACGGGGAUGGCGACACCAACAUGGGCGGCACGGGCUGCUUCACGGGCGGCGUGCUGGCGUGCCCAGCUAACUCGUGCAGCACGGGUUCCGACUCGGGCUCCUCCAGCGACUCUGCGUGCACGCCAAGGGUCCCCUCCAUGCUGAUCAACUGCAACUGGUUUGGGACAGCUCAGGUCACUGGAAGCAAGCCCGGGAGCACGAAUAUCCAUGGUAUCUGCCAGAACAUGCAGACCUUCCUCAAUUGGCGCAACUUAGACUUGAACCCGGGUGCUACCUUCACUUACGACACGUCGGAGGGCACUGACACUACCCGACGCUCCGAGACAUGCUUAGACACCGCGUACUAUGACCUGUUAUCAAAUGGGAAGAAAGGUGGGUCCUACUGCGCCGCCACGAACGAGCAGUACAAGACGACGAUCGGCACCACGCUGGAUGUCACCAGUUGCGACGAAUUUCCCCCAGCGUCUGUCGAGGAGGGCGGCAACUGGUACGGCGACGUUCCCAAUGCCCCGGCCCUGCUCUGCGCCCCAGUGUGGCAGCAGAAUAUACAGGGAAAUUGCAACAAACUCCUGCGUAACAUACAGACUAAUGUCCAAUACGCUAUCGACCCGAAACAGCCCGCGCAAUGGGUGGGCUGGACCGACAACGACAGUUGGUUUGUGGCCAACAACUGGAACCGGAUCAUCACCUACCCGUAUGCUGUCCCUCAAGCACGCGGUAUCUCCAAUGCUGAAUGGGGCACAGACGAGACUGGUGGCUGGUCUCAAAGGCGCAGCUUCACGUAUGGUAUCGCCAACCCUUCUUCCGCUACCGACUGGAAUGACUGGGGUGACGCUUCCGGGUCUUGGAGCUUCACGUCUUCUGGGGGUACUUCUACCGACGCCAGCAAGAUAGUCUGCGCCAUCAACCUGUGGGACCAGCCCGACGUUUACUCUCUAGUCAAUGAUAGAUACAAUGCCUUUUGCUCUUCUGGCCCGAGCUCAGGAGCCUUUGCAAAAAUUGUCUCUUAUCCCAAGAUGAACCGCUGUCUCGUCAGCCUCGGUGCGCUCAUCACCCCCCGCGAUCAACUUGACAAGGACAAUCUCGGUGUCCUCUACGGCCGUGUCAUCACAAACAUCACGAUCCUUGACGAUGACGACGAUGACGACCUGGGUGUUUCCAUUGGGAUGCUCGAUUCAGAGCUCGACAGUAAGAGCCCGCCCCCGUCACUCGACAUCUUCGGCAAGCUGUGACGAAUCAACAGAGCAUACGCGCCGAACAGCUUCGGUCUUCACGUAGUGCGGGGACAUUGAGUCGCUCCGGAGCGACUCAGAGUACUUGUUCUACCAAUUAAUUUUGGAUCUCCAGCUCCUCGGGAGGUUCCGAGGGAAGGAGGUAUACCAGAAGACUGGUGAUUCCUUCAGCGAGCAUUUGACUUGGUGCAUAGUUGUUCUGUCUAGAUGACGGGCAGAGCUGUACAUUCAAUGAAUUAUUGUCAAUCUGUAGAUCACAUAUGCAGUUGAUGUCUAGCCCUGAUUCCGGUUGAAAAUAGCCUCAAAUUGAUCAAUGAACAAGGGAUAUGAGGCGUAGCCACUUUCUGGUAGGAGCCACAAAUUGCUAUUGGGAAGUGGGCAUUGCAUUCGUAUCAAAAGCACAAC